UAAUCUAUGUUAGAAGAAAGCUAACACCUUUGUUCUGGUUAAUUCCUGCAUGAGGUGGUUGAUGUUUUUGGAUGUGAAAACUCUACUGUUUAAUGUCCACCGGCAGCUCCCGCUCCACUCAAAUACACAGGGAAUCCCUCAAGUUGUGUGAAGAACACCCCAGUAUCUUGGAGAAUGGUCUUCAAUAAAUGGUUAGGGGAGCUGACUGACUUCAAAGGAGCUGACAUGCAGUAUUUAUUUAGUGGAAGAAAUGUGUGUAUUGCAGGUCCCUGGUGGGCACAGAUUUGGAGUGAGGAGCACUGGGAAGAGGAGCCCUGGAAGCAUGAGGAACAGUAAUGCAAAAGGACCAUGUAUGUGCUAUCAAGAUGGCAGGCAUCCUGUGUUUAAGACAAGAAACAAGUCUCCACUGCGUAUAUUUAUGUCUACACAAUGAAAUAUUUAGUAGCAGAACUCCUGGAAAGCAGUGAUGUGUGCUCUAAGAUGAUUUGCUUAUAUGAGCUACAUGGUCUACUUUUCAGUAAUAUUUAUAAUCAGCCAUAUUCAUAGGAAUACCCUGAAAGAUGAAAUUAUUCUGAGAAAGUGAAGAUAUUCUACAUUUGGGGGCACAAAUGAGCAUUUGGAUCAAUUUUCUAUUAACCUAAGAUGAUAUUAACAUGAUGAAGCAGCCAGAAUAGUUAUGGUCAGUCAUGGAGAAUAACCUGGAAACUAGUCCCAAAGGGGAUAGUGAUUUUAUUUCUGAUAAAAUACAUUUUAAAAUUGAAGAUGAUGAUGAACCAAUUCCUACUCAUAGUUUGGAAAGAGUGGACUUUAAGCAAGAACAAGAGAGCCUGAAGCAGGCAGACAGCGGCGAUGAGCAUGCCGAGACCAGAGAGACGGGCUGCCCCUGUGAGCCUCCCCGGAAGUGCCUCUCUGCCGAGAGCGAGGAUGACUACGGGUCUCUGUUCUCCCGGUACAGCAGCACGCUGUAUGACGCAGCGAUGGAAGCUGUGACUCAGAGCCUUCUCUCCAGCCGGAACAUCAGCUCCAGGAAGAAAUCGCCAGCUUGGAAACACUUUUUUAUUUCUCCUCGGGAUAAUACUAAAGCAAUAUGUAUGUACUGUAUGAAAGAAUUCAGCAGGGGUAAAAAUGAGAAAGACUUAAGUACCAGCUGUCUCAUGAGGCACGUGAGGCGGGCACACCCCACCGUGCUCAUUCAAGAGAACGGGAGCAUCUCUGCUUCGUCCCCCUUUCCUUCUCCUCCACUCCUGCUUCCGCCACAGCCUGCAGAUGCAGGAGACCUCAGCACCAUACUCUCACCCAUCAAACUCGUCCAGAAAAUGGCACCUACCAUCCCAUCCCCUGAUCGGAUAACAGAGGAAUCUGUAUCUGUAGUUUCUUCUGAAGAAAUCUCCUCUGACAUGUCUGUUUCUGAGAAGCACAGCAGAGAAGAAGCCCUGGUGGGGUCAUCGCCCCACCUCCCUAUCCUCCAUUAUGACGAAACUGCAGAGAACAUAGCAGAGAAAAACCUUCCACUCCCCAAGAACACCUCGGGGUCCAGAAGAAGGUCUGCUGUCUGGAAGCACUUCUACCUGUCACCUCUGGACAGCUCCAAGGCCGUCUGUGUCCACUGCAUGAACGAGUUCAGCAGGGGGAAAAACGGGAAGGACCUGGGCACCAGCUGUCUCAUCAGGCACAUGUGGAGGGCACAUCGCUCCAUCGUGCUGCAGGAAAAUGGGGGCACUGGCAUCCCACCCCUGUAUUCUGCUCCUCCCACCCUGCUGCCUGCCCUGCUGCCAGAGGGGGAUCUGAGCUCUGUGUCAUCAUCUCCAGGAAAACUGGUCAGAGAGUUCCCUUCUGCCUCCUCCUCCCCUGAUCGGCUGGCUGAGGACCUGCCACCGCACUUGAACCCCGGAGAUGCCCUGAUGGAAGCUGUAUCAGUGUUGUCAUCCUCCGAUGAUAUUGGGGAGGCCUCUGUGUCCUCUCCUGAAAAGCAGCAGCCCCAUGGAUUGAGACCUAGAAUGUUUGAAUCUGGUGCUGUCUUCCAGCAGAAUAAAAAGGUCAUGAAAAGACUGAAGUCAGAAGUUUGGCAUCACUUUUCUUUGGCCCCCAUGGACAACCUCAAGGCAGUAUGCCGAUACUGCAGUUGUGUCAUCAGCCGGGGGAAGAAGGGAGACGUGGGCACAAGCUGUCUGAUGAGACACUUGUACAGACGCCACCCUGAAGUCGUCGGGAACCAGAAGGGCUUUCUAGGUGCAAGUUUGGCAAAUUCUCCAUAUGCCACUUUGGCUUCUGCAGAAAGUUCUUCCUCUAAAUUAACUGACUUGCCAACAAUGGCCACAAAAAAUAAUCAGGUUAUGUUUCCUGUUAAUAGCAAAAAGACCUCAAAGCUGUGGAAUCACUUCUCUGUUUGUUCUGCAGACUCCACUAAGGUUGUGUGCUUACACUGUGGCCGGACAAUAAGCAGAGGCAAGAAGCCCACCAACCUGGGUACCAGUUGUCUCCUAAGACACUUGCAGAGGUUCCACAGCAGCGUGCUGAAGACCAGCGUCUCAGAGACAGUGCGGCCCUCUUCCCCGGCCAUCCGUGUGCCGCUGAACACAGAAUUGUCAGGAGCUUCCUCUUUUGAUGACACCAAUGAGAAGUUUUAUGAUUCUCACCCAGUUGCCAAAAAAAUCACUAGUCUCAUAGCUGAAAUGAUCGCACUUGACCUUCAGCCAUAUUCCUUUGUAGACAAUGUUGGCUUUAACAGGCUGCUUGAAUACUUGAAACCUCAGUACUCCCUGCCCUCCCCAUCUUACUUCUCCAGGACGGCCAUCCCAGGUAUGUAUGAUAAUGUGAAACAAAUAAUUAUAUCACAUCUGAAGGAAGCUGAGAGUGGCGUGAUCCACUUCACUUCUGGAAUAUGGAUGAGCAACCAGACCCGAGAGUACCUGACCCUUACGGCUCACUGGGUCUCUUUUGAGUCGUCAGCCCGCCCCCAGUGUGGGGACCACCACUGCUCAGCCCUUUUAGAUGUAUCACAGGUUGACUGCGACUACAGCGGCAAUAGCAUUCAGAAGCAGCUAGAGUGCUGGUGGGAGGCCUGGGUGACUUCCAUUGGCCUUCAGAUUGGCAUCACAGUAACUGACAAUCCGAGUAUAGGAAAGACGCUGAAUGAAGGGGAGCACACGAGCGUGCAGUGCUUCAGCCACACAGUCAACCUGAUUGUGAAUGAGGCCAUCAAGAGCCAGAGGAUGGUGCAGAACUUACUGAGCAUUGCACGGAAGAUAUGUGAACGGGUACAUCGGUCACCCAAAGCAAAAGAGAAGCUAGCAGAGCUGCAGAAGGAAUACGAGUUGCCACAGCACCAUCUUAUCCAAGAUGUUCCAUCCAGAUGGAACACGUCAUUUCACAUGCUUGAACGACUCAUUGAACAAAAAAGGGCAAUUAAUGAGAUGUCAAUCGAGUGUAACUUCAGAGAACUGAUCAGUUGUGACCAGUGGGAGGUCAUGCAGUCUGUGUGUCACGCACUGAAGCCUUUUGAUGCUGCGAGUCAAGAGAUGAGCACCCACAUGUCCACACUAAGCCAGGUCAUCCCCAUGAUCCACAUCCUCAACAGGAAGAUCGAGAUGCUCUUUGAGGAGACGAUGGGCAUCGACACCAUGCUGAAGUCCUUGAAGGAAGCCAUGGUGAGCCGGCUGUCUGCCACCCUCCACGACCCUAGGUACAUCUUUGCUACACUGUUGGACCCUCGUUACAAAGCCUCCCUGUUUACAGAGGAGGAGGCGGAACAGUACAAGCAGGAUUUAAUCAGGGAACUAGAAAUAUUGAAUUCUACCUCAGAUGACACACCUGCCUCCAAUGGGUGUGAUGCAGGUUCCCCAUCGAAAGACUGCGCUGGAGAGGAGGACCUGUGGUCACUCAUGGCCAAGAUGAAGAAGAAAGGUCUAAGAGACAAGCUGCCUGAAGACAUGGUGCUUGCGUACUUGGAGGAGGAAGUGCUUGAACACAGCUGUGACCCACUCACCUACUGGAACCUGAAGAAGGCAUCCUGGCCAGGGCUGUCUACUUUGGCCGUCAGAUUUUUGGGCUGUCCCCCAAGUAUUGUCCCUUCAGAAAAGCUGUUCAACACACCCACUGAGAACAGUAGCUUUGGCCAGUCUAGGCUCCUGAUGGAACAUUUUGAAAAACUUAUCUUUUUAAAAGUGAAUCUUCCCUUAAUAUACUUUCAGUAUUGAAGCUCACGAUGGAGCCACCUGACUAAAGAUGUUGUUGCUUUGUAGGCAUUAGCAGUUGGUACCAGGGGCUGUGACUCUGCCCAGGGCCACGUGCGGCAUCAGCCAGGCACUCUCAGGGCCGCUCUCAGCUCUCACCGUGACGUCUGCAGGUGCCUUACUCCCACUCCUUCAGGCCAGGUAUCGCGGUGUGUUUUUUAAGACAUCCGCUAGAAAUAGCUUGUCUUGUCAACUAUGAAAUAUGAUGACUGGGUUUUAAUUCAUAACUGUAAAGUUUUUUUAAAGUUGGGGUUUAGUAAUUUGUUUUACUAGAAUGGCAGAAAAGAUGUAAAUAAUUUUAUUCUGUAGGCUUUUUACUCAAUUAUGUAAAAACCACAAAUCAGGUACUGUAUUUUAGUUAAACAUUGCUUUAAUUGCAACAAAACAGCUUUUGUGGCUGUCAGAUGAAAUCUGUAAAUAGGAGGUGGAGAUCAAGCCAUCACUGAGCAGUUUUUAACUGCAGGCUCUAAAGUGUGUCAAGGAGUAUAGGGAAUAUUCUGGAAGGUAACUGUUUACUACAACAGAGACGUGGCAUUUGAAAACAAAAGUAAACGUGGCUGUGUCAUGGACUGUUAGUUAUGUGGUGACUUGGUAAUGAGAAUUUCCCAUUUCAGGUUUUUGCAUUCAGGUUUCACACUUAACUCAGAGAGAUCUCAACUAUUUAUCAUGAGCUCCUUCAAAAUUUAAUCCAAGUCUGUAAAUUCCUGCUUAUUGUUUAGCCAGUGCAUAAUAGGACAUGUUUACAGCAGUUGGCCCACUGCUGAAUCUCCAUGCCUCUGAUUUAGUGUCUCUACGCUAGGAUGCUAUCUUAAAGAUGUGUGCACUGACCCCCUUGUUUGAUCAAAUUAUGUGUAAAGUUCUUUUUAGAAGAGAUGGCUUAUUAACAGGGAUGAAGCUCACUAUUACAGUUAUAAGAAUAGCCUUAGGUGUUUAGAUUUCUUUUUAUGAUAGGGAAGACUCAGCCAUCACUGGGGUAUUUUAGAACCCCAAGGAUUUCAGAAUGAAGUAUCAGUUGUCAGAUUCUUUUAACAAUUAUAUCUUCAGAGUUUUUGCUUUAUCUUAAACAAGGUUAAGUUUCUCAUUUCAACCCCAUUAAAUCAUCUGGGUGAGACAGAUCACUCAUUUACUUAUGACUCUUUAGAAAAGUUGUUUUGUUAAAAUACUGUACCUAUGCUUAAUCUAAAGUUUCAUCAACUGUUUUGGUGUAUUUAUAA